GAUCUGUUUGAGAUUUACAAUGACAUGAACAGAGCACACUGGGUUAAAAUACAAGGACUUCGCUGGCACGGUCUUGUCGAAAGGAUGGACACAGUAAGCCUUGAAAGUAUUUAACGCGGUACCCGCUGGUAGUAGGAGAGGAGGAGCAUACUCUGCGUUAGAAAACUAGGUUUGGAAGGACUUGGCUUCACUUGGAAUUUCCAAUUGGCGUCAUUUGGCACAGAAGAGACUGGCGUGCUUUAUUGGACACUGUUUAAAUCACUUACUGCGCCAACCAAGAAAUAGAAGCGAAAUAACAGAUUCCUUUAUUCUACUUGUUAGUUUACAAUUCACUUUUUGAAUCAAAUGAUUCAGUUGGAUAAAUUAAAUUUUAUAAAAGUAAUCAAUUCCUUAUCAAAUAAAUAAAAAGCUUUUUUUGCGUUUUCACCUUUCUGAAGCUUUUGCACUUUACACCAAAUUAAAGUGAAAGUUUUGUGAAAAACACUGCUGCCUUUAUUCGCUCAUUCAGUUCUAUUCAGUGAUCGCGUAUGAAAAUACACAACGCGGAAAAUCAUUCUAAAUAUAGAAUCCAAUAAAAAUAAACACUUUCUACAUUUGCAUAUCCAACCAAGUAGAUACUUAUUAACCAACAAUAAAGGCUAACAGUGAUUUCUAUUCCCUAUUAACAAAACAUUUAAAGUGUUUUCUCUAUAAACGAAGUUGUAAAAUGGAUUUACUUUUCCUAAGCAAGCGAAUUUUCCUGGGCACCGAACGGGAAUUCCUCAACGGUGGCAUUAUUGUCGACACGGAGGGCAUCAUACGUAAGAUUUUGCGCACUGCGCAAGAGGUGAAUACCUAUGUAUACAACACGGAAUCGGAAGCGGUCUAUGAUUUUGGCGAUAAAGUGCUUAUGCCGGGUCUGAUAGACGCCAAUGUGAAUAUCAGCGAGCCGGGGCGUAAGGAUUGGGAGGGAUUUAUGGCGGCAACAAAAGCAGCAGCUGCCGGCGGUUUCACCACGAUCAUCGAUAGACCUACUAACACCAUACCGCCCACCACCAGUGUGACGGCGCUAAAAACGAAAACUGGUGUGGCGCGUGGAAAGCUUUACGUGGAUGUCGGAUUUUGGGGUGGCCUAGUACCUGAGAAUGUCAAAGAAGCUGAUCCGUUGCUGGGCGCUGGCGUUAUCGGACUGCAGUGCACACUUUCGCCUACACCGGCACCAGUUGGAGAUGCUUUUCCCGCCAUAAAUCGUAAAGAUCUUGAAGAUGUAAUCGAUAAGCUGGAAGAUGGCACAGUUAUAGCUUUUAGUGCCGAGUUGCCUCUAAAGAAUGCUAUAGAGCCCAAUGAGGAAGAACCCAAAAAAUAUGAGUCCUUCUUGCGCACACGUCCCGAAGAAAUGGAAGUAAAUGCCGUGCAACUGAUCAGUCAAUUGGCCACGGCAAAUAAGGGCAAACAUAUGCAUAUCAUGAACAUAAGCUCCGCCGAAGUGUUGCCCAUUGUGGCGCAAUGCAAACGCGCCGGCGCAAAUCUGACUGCUGAAACUUGCCCCCAUUACCUUGCAUUGUCUUCAGAGCAAAUCGAAGAUUGCCAUACCGAGUUCAAAGCCCAGCCUCCGAUACGCGUCAAGUCAAAUCAGCCCCGGUUAUGGGACGCUCUGAAAGCUGGUUGCUUGGAUAUUAUUGCCUCAAAUCAUUCGCCAGCGACGCCGGGAGUGAAGUGUUUGAAUUACGGACGUGCGCGUGGAAACUUUUUGAAUGCUUGGCCUGGCGUCUCGUCGUUGCAACUGGGUAAGUUUCACGGUCUUAUUAGGAUUCUCGUAGUCGACUCAAUUGUGCGUUGAAAAAUUUAAUUUUAGACCCUAACACCUUAUGUAUAUGGCGUACUGCUAAGUGGGUCUUUGCCUGAGUAUUUACACAAGAACUAACAGCGCUGUA